AUGAAGGAGUUCGUCGCCGACCUCGACCCCGAAGUCCAGGCGCUCAACUUAAGGCUUCUUGAAAUCAACCAGCUUCUUCAAUCCGGCAUGCCCCUCGACGACCGGCCAGAGGGCGCCCGCUCCCCCUCUCCGAAGCCAAUCUACGACAACAUCGGUAUCAAGAUCAAUACUCGGGGCUCAUCCGCCGGAACCCAGUGUUCAAGCCCUCGGCCGACUACCGCCCUCCCAAGCUCCAGAAGAAGCUCUAUUCUGGAUCCCGACUCCGCCCCCCUCUCCCCCGAACCGCGGAUCCUCAAGUCCCGCCUCGUCGCCGGCGAGACCCUCUACGGCCUCUUCCUCCUGCGCUCCUCCCCGACCCUCGCCGAGAUCGCCGGCCUCGCCGGCUACGACUACAUGGUCGUCAACAUGGAGCAUGGCUCUGGCAGCAUCGUCGAGGCCCUCCCUUGCCUCCACGCCCUCGCCGCCGCCCGCACCCCGGCCAUCCUCCGCCUUCCGGAGCUCUCUGCCGCCUGCGCCAAGAAGGCCCUCGAUCUUGGCCCCCAGGGACUCAUGUUCCCCGUGAUCGAGUCCCCCGGCGCCGCCGAGCUCGCCGUCUCCCGCCGCGCGGCGUCCGCGGGAAACGGGGCAGUGGAUGUGGGGAUUUUCCGGCAGGCGGCGGUGGAGGACGUGCGGCGGUGGAGGAGCGCGGAGGUGGACAUUGGGGAGGAAUCGAGGAAACAAGGCUCUGAUUCAAAAUAA